AUGGGCAUUGCCAGUGUCUCACGCGAGUCCUGUGAGAACUUACUCACCAAAGGUGGCGCUGAUGGCGAAGGAAUGGGUCGUGCUAUCACGAUUGUCAUCGGUGGUGCUCGCGAAUCCCUCCACGCCUUACCAUACUCGCUUCGCCUCGUUCUUAAACGGCGAAAGGGCUUUAUCAAACUAGCUAUUCGCACUGGGGCUGAUCUUGUACCUGUGCUAGCAUUUGGUGAAAAUGAUCUCUAUGAACAAGUACGGCCAGACCAGCAUCCUUUCAUACACAAGCUUCAGAUGCUAGUAAAACAGACGAUGGGGUUUACUAUCCCACUCUUCCAUGCUCGGGGUGUUUUUAAUUACGAUGUGGGUUUAAUGCCAUAUCGUCGUCCACUAAACAUAAUUGUAGGGAGCCCCAUUCAGGUAGUGCAAGAGCGUGACAGAAGCAAGAUCGAUGAUGAAUAUAUCAACCAUCUUCAUGAGAAGUAUGUGCUAGAACUGGAAAGAUUGUGGGAGCAGUGGAAGGAUGUGUAUGCUAAAAAUAGAACAUCGGAACUGGAGAUAAUUGCAUGA